AUGAAUAUAAAACCCAUCACUGACAUGGGAUGGGAAAAGUUUGCCUGGAAGACACUGUACAAGGACAAAAGGGCCAAGGGCGUGGGCAUGUCAGAGAUCCUCCUGUUCCUAUGGGCCAUGUACAUGAGCACAAUCUGUAAGCUGGUGACGGAAGUAGACAAUAAAAUCGUGUGUCUCAUGAGGCCAUGGAUCACGGACCCGCCCUGGUUCUACAAGACUUUGAACCAGUGCUGCAACGUGUACGGUGUGCAGAACACGGGCCCAUCGACCAUGAAAAGCCACAGGAAGAUCCAAGAGACGGUGAGACAAAGGGACGUCACAUCGCCCGUGGACCUGCUCCCGGAUGACUCAUGCCAAGCUGUGUGGGAGCGGAUCCAUUGCAAGGAGCUGCACAAAGAUCACAGGGACCUAAACUGGCUCACAGCUCACCGAGCUCUCCCGGUUACAUGUUGCAAUGGGAAGAGAUUCAGCGAUUCCUCCAACCUGACCAAACACUACCGCAUCCACACAGGGGAGAAGCCACGUCAGUGCUCAGAGUGUGGAAAGCAAUUCAGUGACUCCUCCAGCCUGACCAAACACUACCGCAUCCACACAGGGGAGAAGCCACGUCAGUGCUCAGAGUGUGGAAAGCAAUUCAGUGACUCCUCCAGCCUGACCAAACACUACCGCAUCCACACAGGGGAGAAGCCACGUCAGUGCUCAGAGUGUGGAAAGCAAUUCAGUGACUCCUCCAGCCUGACCAAACACUACCGCAUCCACACAGGGGAGAAGCCACAUCAGUGCUCUGACUGUGGGAAGAGCUUCAGCCGUUCCUCCAACCUGGCCAUGCACCGGCGCCUCCACACUGGGGAGAAGCCGCAUCAGUGCUUAGAUUGUGGGAAGAGCUUCACACAGUCCUCCAGCCUGACCAGCCACCAGCGCAUCCAUACAGGGGAGAAGCCACAUCAGUGCUCAGAGUGUGGGAAGAGAUUCAACGACUCCUCCGGCCUGACCAAACACUACCGCAUCCACACUGGGGAGAAGCCACAUCAGUGCUCUGACUGUGGGAAGAGCUUCACCUGUUCCUCUGACCUGGCCAUGCACCGGCGCAUCCACACAGGGGAGAAGCCACAUCAGUGCUCUGAGUGUGGGAAGAGCUUCACACACUCCUCCAGCCUGACCAGCCACCGGCGCAUCCACAAAGGGGAGAAGCCACAUCAGUGCUCUCAGUGUGGGAAGAGCUUCAGCCCAUAA